CUCGGCGGACACCGUUUGCCAUCCCAGGCUAUAUGUCUCCGUGCUCGUCGCUUUCGUAGGGUGCCGAGAUCUAGCUUUUUUCCGCGCUUGCCAUGGCGAGCCGAGGGGCCCGGCAGCGCCUGAAGGGCAGUGGGGGCAGCGGCGGGGACCCGGCCUCGGCCGCCGACAAGCUACGGGAGCUGCUGUGCAGCCGGGAGGCGGGCGGCGCGGAGCCCCGGCCCGAGUUAUCUGGGAACAAAGCAGGACAAGUCUGGGCACCUGAAGGAUCUACUGCUUUCAAGUGUCUGCUCUCAGCAAGGCUGUGUGCUGCUCUUCUGAGCAACAUCUCCGACUGUGAUGAAACAUUCAACUACUGGGAACCAACACACUACCUCAUCUAUGGGAAGGGGUUUCAGACUUGGGAAUAUUCCCCAGCUUAUGCCAUUCGCUCCUAUGCUUACCUGUUGCUUCAUGCCUGGCCAGCUGCAUUUCAUGCGAGAAUUUUACAAACUAAUAAGAUUCUAGUCUUUUACUUUUUACGAUGUCUUCUGGCUUUUGUGAGCUGUAUAUGUGAACUUUACUUUUACAAGGCUGUGUGCAAGAAGUUUGGGUUGCAUGUGAGUCGAAUGAUGCUAGCCUUCUUGGUUCUCAGCACUGGCAUGUUUUGCUCAUCAUCAGCAUUCCUUCCUAGCAGCUUCUGCAUGUACACUACCUUGAUAGCCAUGACUGGCUGGUAUAUGGACAAAACUUCCAUUGCUGUGCUUGGAGUAGCAGCUGGGGCUAUCUUAGGCUGGCCAUUCAGUGCGGCUCUUGGGUUACCCAUUGCCUUUGAUUUGCUGGUCAUGAAACACAGGUGGAAGAGUUUCUUUCGUUGGUCACUGGUUGCCCUAAUGCUCUUUCUGGUGCCUGUGGUAGUCAUUGACAGCUACUAUUAUGGGAAGUUGGUGAUUGCACCACUCAACAUUGUUCUGUAUAAUGUCUUUACUCCUCAUGGACCUGAUCUUUAUGGUACAGAACCCUGGCAUUUCUAUUUAAUUAAUGGGUUUCUGAAUUUUAAUGUAGUCUUUGCUUUGGCUCUCCUGGUCCUACCUUUGACUUCUUUGAUGGAACACCUACUGCAGAGAUUUCAUGUUCAGAAUUUGGGCCACCCAUAUUGGCUUACAUUGGCUCCAAUGUAUAUUUGGUUUAUAAUUUUCUUCAUCCAGCCUCACAAAGAGGAGAGAUUUCUUUUCCCCGUAUAUCCACUUAUAUGUCUCUGUGGCGCUGUGGCCCUUUCUGCCCUUCAGAAAUGUUACCACUUCGUGUUUCAGCGAUACCGCCUGGAGCAUUAUACUGUGACAUCUAAUUGGCUGGCAUUAGGAACACUCUUCCUGUUUGGACUCUUAUCUUUUUCCCGCUCUGUGGCCCUGUUCAGAGGAUAUCAUGGGCCCCUUGAUUUGUAUCCAGAGUUUUACCGAAUUGCCACUGACCCAGCCAUCCACACUGUCCCAGAAGGCCGACCUGUUAACGUCUGUGUAGGAAAAGAGUGGCAUCGAUUUCCCAGCAGCUUCCUUCUGCCUGAGAAUUGGCAGCUUCAGUUCAUUCCAUCAGAGUUCAGAGGCCAGUUACCAAAACCUUUUGCAGAGGGACCCCUGGCCACCCGGAUUGUUCCUACUGACAUGAAUGACCAGAACCUAGAGGAGCCAUCCAGAUAUAUUGACAUCAGUAAAUGCCAUUAUUUAGUGGAUUUGGACACCAUGAGAGAAACACCUCGGGAGCCAAAAUACUCGUCCAAUAGAGAAGAAUGGAUCAACUUGGCCUACAGACCAUUCCUUGAUGCUUCUAGAUCUUCAAAGCUGCUGCGGGCAUUCUAUGUUCCCUUCCUCUCAGAUCAGUAUACAGUGUAUGCAAACUACACCAUCCUCAAACCCCGGAAAGCCAAGCAGAUCAGGAAGAAGAGCGGAGGUUAGCAACGUGCCUGUGGCCCCAAAGGACAGCCAUCCUGUUAACUGGUGAUUCCACCUGCAGGACCCCCUCCAAGUCACUGCUUGUAACAUGUGUAAUAAAGGCCAUCUGACAUGAGUCCCGGAAUCUGGGUGCUUUGGGCUGUCAGAGUCAAUCACAUCCACUUCUCGCCUGUCUCUGUCCUGCAUGUACACCUGUGCAGCUAGGUGGAGAAAGGCCAAGUCUGGUAGAUAUAUUGCUCCACAUCUCAUUGUUUUUCUUCUAUUCAAUUAUUUACUAGACCGGAGAAGAACAGAACCAGCUUUCAGGAAGAAUUGAAAGUCCUGGGACUGGAUGGCUGUGUUGAGCUAUUCUCCACACUCUGGCCUGGCGUCUGGGAAUUAGCCUCUCUCGAGCUGUGUGAGCUUCCCCACCAAAGCUCUCUGACAGCUCCUAGCAGACCUUCUCAUUCAAAUCCUAGUGCUGAAAAGGAGCACAGCCUUGCUGCCAACUUCCACGUCCUUUCCCCACCAGCCAGACUGAGUUUCUCUAAAGCACUUUGCUGUGCUAGACUAGGACCCCAUCCUGGAGCCAUCUCAGGAAAAAGGCAACUAUUUGAGGAACUGUGACUUAAUUUCAUUGUAGAGGAUGCCUCUUAUUUUCAUUUUAUUUACUUUACAACAAACUGCAACUAUAUGGGUUGGUUUUUUUAAUUUUUUUUGUACGUUUUAACAUGCUAUUUUUUAAAUUCAAGACUUCCCUGUAUAAGGGCAUCGCCAGACCAGAUCAUAACUGUACAGGACAUGUUUGGAGAAAGUUAAUUCUAUCAAUUCAUAGAUUUGGAUGACAUCAUAUUUCUACGUAAUUUAUUCUGAGGCCGUUUCUGAGGAAGUUAAGAAUCUCCAUUUGUUUUUUUUAAACAACCCUAGUGAAAAAGACCAGUGGAUAUUUAUGGCACCUAUUUUAUCUCUUGCAAGCACAUCCUGCAUGGGGCACUACUUAUCAAAUAGGCAGUGAUAAGGACCUAAUUAAAACAAUAAGUAUAUACUGUGUUUGGCCUUAUAUACAGUAUUUCAUAGUUUACAAAGCACUUCCACAUUAUCCUGUUUGAUCCUCACGGUCAUGAUGUGAGGUAGACCAGGCAAGUGGUCUUAUCCCCAUUUUAUAGAUGAAGAAACUGAGACUCUGGGGCAGGAGGAGGUAAGCGUCCUUGCCCAAGGCCACACCACCAGUAAGUGGUAGCACUAGGACUGCAGCUUGGGCUGCCUGACUUCUCACCCAGUGCUCAUCGAUACUGCUCACUUGACAAUGAAAACAUUCUUGAAAGAGUGAUAAGGCUGGUCAGAGACCUGAUGGGUAACGAAACUGAACUUUUUUCUUUUCCUUUCUUCUUCUUCUUUUUUAAUGGCCGCAUCUGAAGCACAUGGAAAUGCCUGGGCCAGGGACUGAAUCCCAGCCACAGUGCUGGCAGUGCUGGAUCCUUUAACUCACUGCGCUGGGUUGGGGAUCAACCCCCGCCUCCAAGCGACUCAAGCUUCUGCAGUCAGAUUCCUAACCCAUUGUGCCACAGUGGGAACUCUAACUUUCUAUUUUAAGGAAGAAUUUUUCUCUGUGUUUCUUUGAGUUCUUUGGAGCUGCCAGUGUGCCUGUUGGUUGGACCAUCACAGCAGUGCUCCUUGAGGCAGCCUGGCCUGUGGCAGGAAAAUUGUGCUUAUGUUUGGAAGUCAAGCUCCUUUGCAGCCCCACAGGGUCCCGUGUCCGUUCCAUCCCUCUAGUCGGUCACAUUACAGUGCCUUAUUUCCCUAAGGGUAACUGUGUCUAGUAUCUGCAAAUAGGAUGAAUCUAUUUUUCAGAGUUUCCAUCAUUCAUUUUUCAAAGAGAAGGGAUUUUCAAGAGGAACUGAUCCCAAGAGAGGAGAAAAGAAGUGAUACGAGAAGAAAUAGCUCGUUACCAUAUGAAGAGUCUCCUUGUUGGGAUGGGGUUGAAGCACUAGUGAGGCAGUAGGUCUAGAUAGUUAACAGUAGGUCCCUGUUAACUAGAGAGCGAGGGUGAACUGAGAUCCAACUUACUGCUCUAAAGAUUUUUGGCAUUUAAUUUUCAGUACUUGAUCACUGCAAAUAUUGGCACACGUGGUCUGACUACAGGAUAGAGAAUUUUCAGUGUAAUAUCCUGCCAUACCUGUAGCGGUAGUUGACUGUCUUUCACAGUGGCUAAAUCUUGCUACUUUUGGCAGAGGUGAAUAAGGGAGUACAGUAAUGGAGAGCCAUGAUGCAUGAAAGUGGUACAAGGCUGACCUACUUCAGCAUCUUGUGUGUUCAAAAAAAAAAAAAAAAAAAAACCUCUGAGCAAGAACUUCCUGUAACAUAUAUAGCACAAAUGGUCAUUAUCCAGGAAUUCCUUGGGAAUAUCAGUUCCUAUCCCUUUUAAAACCUGACUUUGGUUUUCUCUGUCCUAGGAAUGUCUUCAGUGAGAACACACUAAGUUGCAGAAGACUGUGCCUAGGUAAAGGAUGUAAAAAUCCUUUAUAGGUAAAUGAUUUUUGUCGUGAAGGUGUUUUUCACAUGUUACAUAAACUCGAAGGUAGCUUUGCCUGGGAAAAGUCUUCACCUGGUAAAAGUGGCCCUUCUCCAGAGAAUCAGUGUUCAGCAUGAGCUGAGUGCUGCCCUCACUGUAAGCCUAAAGUAUCAGGUACUUUUUUCUUCAUAGAUUGUUGACCGUCAAGGAAAGGAGGGCUGCAGAUUAUUGAUUAUGGAGCUGGGUGUACUGGCAAUUCCAGGGUUCUCUCAACUCCAGAGCUUAGGACCCUGAGUCCUAGUAAUGAACCAGCAUCUGUUAUCAGAGAUUACUUGUUACCUGGUAGGUGUCAUCUAAGAAGACAGACCAGUCAUUUUAGUCUCUUGAGAUAAUAACAGAAAAUUGAAGCCUACAUUCUUUUUUACUGAAUUCAAGUUUAGAAAUUGAUUCUGUGUUUUAAAUCAAGGUGUGUCUUGAUCCCAACAGUUUAUGUGGGUCAUUUUUUUCUAGUUUGGAGUUCUGGGGAAAGAACCUUAAAAACCCCAUGUGAUUCUGCAGCGUUAGAUCUGUUGACCUUUUGGGCAAACCCAACAGAGAUCCUUUAUUGUGUUUUGCAUUUCAUGAGAUUUACUGAAAUAAGAAUUUACUAUGAUUGUGCAGUCUUCUGGCCAGUGUCCAGCAGCUCUGCUUUAAUUUGGUCAGUUUUAUUUUCUCUGCACAGGGAAAAGAGGCACAAUUUAAUCUUUGCUUCCAUAAGCAUGUUAAAGCUCAUGUGUUAAUUCAUUCUUAGGCUCCUGUAUUAAAUGCCUUGGAUAAACGGUUAAAUGGACACGUGCUCAGCUUUAAUUUUUUUGCAACAGAAAGAUCUGGCUUCCGUAUGGCAUUGUUGGUUUUCAGAGGCUCUCUGGGGUGUUGGUAAAUCUAAAUGAAUGUUGCCUUUACUUUUUCCAGCGUGUAAUGUAUAUAACCAUGUGAUUCAUGCUGCAAGUCAAAUCAGGAAGCACUACAGUGUUGAAGCCAGAGGAUUGUUCAGUUCAUUUGUCUUCCUGAUCCUCCUGCUUUAUUUCCCAUGUCAGUGUUUACAUUCCAUACUUGUAUUUUCUGUGAAAGAAAAAAUUAAAUAAAACCUGGCAGUUUGAUUUUC